AUGAAGGAUAAACCCGUGAAAGGUAACAAAGUGAACAGUAUCACAGUGAAGGAAAACCCCGUGAAAGGUAACAAAGUGAAAUAUAUCACAGUGAAGUAUAAUCCCAUGAAUGGGUACAAAGUGAACAGUAUGAUAAUGAAGAAUAACCCCGUGAAAGGUAGCAAAGUGAACAGUAUCACAGUGAAUGAUAACCCUGUAAAAGGUAACAAAGUGAACAGUAUCAAAGUGAAGGAUAACCCCGUGAAAAGUAACAAAGUGAACAGUAUCACAGUAAAGGAUAAUCCCGUGAAAGGAAAAAAAGUGAAUAAUGAAAUGAAGGAUAACCCCGUAAAAUAUAACAAAGUGAACAGUAUCACAGUGAAGGAUAACCCUGUAAAAGGGAAAAAAGCGAACAAUAUCACAGUGAAGGAUAACCCCGUGAAAGGUAAUAAAGUGAACAGUAUCACAGUGAAGGAUAACCCCGUGAAAGGUAACAAAGUGAACAGUAUCACAGUGAAGGAUAACCCCUUGAAAGGUAACAAAGUGAACAGUAUCAAAGUGAAGGAAAACCCCGUGAAAGUGAAGAUAAACCCCGUGAAAGGUAACAAAGUGAACAGUAUCACAGUGAAGGAUAACCCCGUGAAAGGUAACAAAGUGAACAGUAUCACAGUGAAGGAUAAUCCCGUGAAAUGGAAAAAAGUGAACAGUAUCACAGUGAAGGAAAACCCCGUGAAAGGUAACAAAGUGAAAUAUAUCACAGUGAAGAAUAAUAUCAUGAAAAGGAACAAAGUGAACAGUAUGAUAUUGAAGAAUAACCCCGUGAAAGGUAGCAAAGUGAACAGUAUCACAGUGAAGAUAAACCUUCGUGAAAGGAACAAAGUGAACAGCAUCAUAAUGAAGGAAAAUUCCGUGGCAGGUAACAAAGCGAACAUUAUCACAGUGAAGGAUAACCCUGUUAAAGGUUACAUUAUGAACAGUAUCAAAAUGAAGGAUAACUCCGAGAAAGGUAGCAAAAUAGACCAGUAUCACAGUAAGGGUAAAACAACCCGUGGAAGUAUCACAGUGAAGGAUAACCCCGUGAAAGGUAACAAAGUAAACAGUAUCACAGUGAAGGAUAACCCCGUGAAAGGUAACAAAGUAAACAGUAUAACAGUGAAAGAUAACCUCGUGAAAGCUAACAUAGUGAACAAGGUCACAGUGAAGGAUAACCCCGUGAAAGGUAACAAAGUAAACAGUAUCACAGUGAAGGAUAACCCCGUGAAAGGUAACAAACGGGAACCUGUGAACGGUAAUACAGUGAACGAUUACACGGUAAAUGAUAACUUGGUGAACAAUAACCCCGUGGAAGGUUACACUGUGACUGAUAACAUAGAUGAUGAUUACUCACUGAACGAUUCCUCUGUCAAUGGCAACACAAUGAACUCUAACCUUGUGAACGGUAACGCAGGCUGGUGA